GCUCAGAAAGGCUGAAUCAGCUGUUAAAAGCCUCUCGUCGUGUUAGAGUGAUGUUUUUAUUAAUUUUAAGACUGGAAUUUUUAUCAAAAUCGAAUAAUUCGUGAGGAUUAUUAUACUUUUUUAUCAAUAUGAAGCAUUAAAUCCAAAGAGAGCAAUGGCCCAAUCUAUCUUCGACGCUUUAACAGGCGUCUGCCUAGACAGUUCCACAGUUCAGUCUUUGCUAGAAUCUCAAACGCUUAUUACCCACGUCGACCAAUCAGCAAUUGAUCAGGAGGAAGAGGAUAUAUUUCAGUGCGGCAAGUGUAAAAGUCAAUUCACGUCGCUGCACUUGUUUAUAUUACAUAAGCAAGAACAUCUCAAAGUACAAGAGCAAACAGUAGAUAUUAGUCAGUAUUUAGUAACUAACGCCACUCAAGUGGUAUCUGCGGAAAAUGCGUGUCAGGGUGGAACGCAAUAUCAUCCUCAAGAGACAUUUGAUCAAUCAGAUCAACUCAACGAACCAAUUGUUCUCGCAGGAAGCGAUAUGUUGUUCAGUAUGGACCAGGAGGGCACGAGUUACUUAGCGUCCGAUACCACCUUCAGCGUGCCGAUUAUUUUGAACUCUGAGAGUUUAGACUCCUUCGGAAAUCCUUCGGGUCAUUCAGAUUCCGACCCGUUGCACAUGGAAUCGAAUAAUGUGCAACAAAUGGAGAAUAAAGUCUCUCUGAAUGCGGACUUUACAACUUCAAAUGUUUAUCGUACUUUUCCGACUGAAAUUCCUGUUGCUGAUCAGGAUGAUAAUCAAGAUAAUAAUUCAACUGAGAACGAGAGUCAAGCUUCACAAAAAUUAAAGCACAAAUGCGAAUUUUGUGAUAAACGAUUCUCGAAAAAGUUUUACUGGCAGCAACACGAACGCUCGCACACUGGAGAGAAACCAUAUCAAUGCGUAGUUUGCGGUCGUUCAUUCGCACAAAAAUCUAAUGUUAAGAAACACAUGUCUUCACACAAAGUGUGGCCUGGAACAGCCAUACAUUCCCUCCCACCUGAUGUUCCAACGGACGGAAACAUCGAUACAACGUACCACUGUCAAUUUUGCAAAGAGAUAUUCGAUUCAUACAAAGCGUUAAAGGGACAUCUGAUCUUAUGCCACCUGAAAUUAAAAGUGUACAAAUGUGUCCAGUUUGGAUGCAACAUGAUGUUUCAAGAAUUGGAGGAUUUUUUAGAUCACACUCGCGGCCAUAAGAGAUCGGAAUAUCGAUGUCAUGUUUGUGGACAAGUUUUUAGUACCCUCUCCGAAUUAGGACUGCAUCAAUACGCUCAUUCCAUAAAAAAGCAGAAAACAACCGAGAAGUACUACUGCUGUACUAUUUGUAAAUCAUCUUUUUCCAAUUUGGAAUCAUUGAAUCAUCAUAUGGAUACAACGACACAUGAUUACCCUUGCCAGCAUUGUGGAAAGAGCUUCUAUGUUGAGAGAUUCUUACGACGCCAUUUGAAAACACACGCAUCGGCGGCUCGGUUCGCUUGCGAAGAUUGUGGGAAGGCCUUCAAGACCGAGCAGUAUCUUACGAAUCAUAAAGUCAUUCAUAGCGAUGCAACACCCUACAAAUGUACGUUUUGUCUGGCAAAAUUCAAAAGAAAAGAUCGUCUCCGUCGCCAUAUGCUGAUUCAUGACUUGACAAAAAGACUAAAGUGCCCUUAUCGGAAUUAUGUGGGAUGCAUGAGAGAAUUUUCCCGCCCGGACAAAUUGAAACGUCACCUUCUCACGCACAGUCAUAUUAAACGCUUCAGAUGUAAUCUAUGUAGCAAAAACUUUCACCGGUCCCAGGCUCACCGACAUCACGAAAUCAACAAGCACUGUUUAAAGUGCGAAGUGUGUUUACUCGAAUGCAGAAAUUCCGAAGAGAUCUUGAAUCAUACUUGCGAGCCGAUAAUCGAAGACAGUCCCAAAGUACAGAAUCUCAAGACGGGAGCCAAGAAUUCCAAAUCACGAAAAGUGGCCGCGAAACGGAAAAAUAAUUCAAAACGAGUUCGCGCGAAGGGAAAUAGGCAGAAAAAAGUGGAGAAACCCGUAGAGAGUGAUGAUGAACAAAUAGUGGAUUAUUCGGACGACGUGGACGAAGAAAUUUGUGAAUUAGUAAGUGAUUCGUCCUGCAAUUCUUUCGAGGAGAAAAUGGAAUUAUUAUCAGAGAACGAUUUAAAUGUUGAAUCUAUGGCUUCCGCAACGAUGGAUGUGAGAGACGAGCUUGGGAUCUCCAAGUUAGAAAUGGAAAGAAAAAAGAGCUUCUCCUCUUAAGUAUAUUUUUUAAUCUUAAUCAACUGGUAGACUAGAAUUCAGAUAAGUUGUCAUAGCUCGUGCAAUGGGAUCAUUCGCUAAUUUUAAGUGCAAAAUGCAUUUUGUAAUAGCGUACGAUAUUUUGUAGUUUACAUAUCUGUGAUAACUGUAUUAUAAAUGCUAUCAAUAUAAGUAACUUAUACUUA